AUGCGGGGACGAAUAUUUCCAACUGCUAAUGUUUCUACCGCAGGCAGCGUAUCUUCGUACGUUCAGAUCAAUAUCUACGAUACGACAGUGGAAGAACUUCACAGUAAAGGAGUGGACAUAGAGCAGAUUCUUCACCAUUCUGGUUGCCGUUCUAUCAUAAUGGAUGUACCCAUAAUAUCUACGAAACUGAGGAAAGUGACCAAAACUGGUAGUGGCCGGCCCAAAAGCUGCGGGAUUGAAUUUCCCACCCUUAGCGCCAAGAGACGUCAAUCAGAGAGUAGUUGUGUUGAUGUCGACGCAUCUGAAAACCAUAAAGAGAUUUUGUGCGGAUCAUUGGUACAAAAUCAGUCGGAAGAGGAGUUUAUGGACUGCAGAGAAAAUCUCAACGCAGUGUCUACUGGUGGCGGCCCUCUUGCAUCUACACUUGUCUUGAGCGACAAUCAUAACGACUUUUUCGACAAUGGCAUCUCAACAGUUGUCCCCAACGCCUCUUUCAAUGAGCCUUCGGCAAAACCCCUCGAACCAUGUGUUUAUGCCGAUAUGGACAACUGGCGGGAAUCUUUAACUGUUGGAGGAGAACCACAUUCGAAUGGAGUUACUGCCAAGGAAGCCAACAAGUUACAUGAAGGAUCUCAGCGGGGCGCAGUUCUGAACACACCAAUUUACUCUUCCUUGAAAGGAGCUACUGAAGGGUCUUCUCUCCAUGCUGCACUUCUUAGGAAUCCCUCAGAGCCAGAGGAUGUUGCAAUCCAAAGAAAUCCGAAAGUGAUUGACCUACCUAAGGCUUCAACCGAGGCUGCAGCUAACGGGAAAGUGACGAGCAGUGCUAUCACUGACACUAGCUCUCACGCAAAAUCGGUUCCCUCGCCAACAAAUGCAAAAAUCCCGAUUACGAAGAAGGGGACGAUUCCAACAUGA